AGACUCCAGACAUCUCUGCCAUCUCUCUAUCCUACCACACUGGUUCCAUGGCUCCGUGUUUCAUGAUGGUGUAGGUAGCCUGAAGGGCUUGCGACAGUUGCUAGAAGAGCCAACACAUGGUGCAUUCGAAGGCGUUCGCAAGCAUGGGCCAUGCUUUGGAGCGAUAGGAUAAUAAAGUGCGCUUUUUGAGAUGCAAAUCGGAGAGCUCGUGGCCAGCUGCGGGCUACCAGAAUCCGUUCCAGGCAUCCAGGAUUCAUUGUUGAAAGGCCGCCGGCCCAGCAGCUGUCUGAGCUUUGCCUGUUCUUGACGGCACCUCAACAGUCCAAAUCAAGGCUGGUUGUCUGGAAAGUCGGUGCCAGAGAGUGCAAACAGACACUGGUCGGUUGGGCCAUGCACUGUUCUGGCCCGCUCUUUGCUGCGGCAGAAACCUCAGACUUUGGGAGGAGUUUCUAAAGAGUCAGGCACCAUGUUGAACUUGAAGGCCUUGGCACCUGGGCCGUCCCCAACCCGGACAGCUUUGCAGGAGCGCUUGGCAUCGUCCAGUUUGUGCGAGACAACGGGCAGUGUCCGAAAAACUGGCUUCACAUCGUUGGAGGCACAUCUGAAGCCUAGAGUGCCCUGUGAACCGGGGACAGCCUGUCGGUGCAGUAGGUUUGUACAGCAGGUCAUACAGAGUGAAACAGCAGAGAGGGGGGGGAGGAUGAGCAGCGGGACUCCUCCCCCAUACAGGAUUAGGGCAAAGAGCAGGGGAGUGUACCAUGAGGAGAAGUUGUCGAACAACACAAUACAUUUUUCGCCCUUGCCGGGCUCAGGGCCGCAGGUUUUGAGUAGAGAACCACUUGUACAAAAUCAUGUUCCAAUAUACGUCAUGCUACCUCUUGACACCGUCACUAUUGUGAACACACUCAAUCAUGUGAAGGCCCUCAAUGCGGGACUGCGUGCUUUGAAAAGCAUUGGGGUUGCCGGCGUUAUGGUCGAUGUCUGGUGGGGCAUCGUGGAGGCGGACGGACCACGGCAGUACGACUGGUCAGCGUACAUGGCGCUCAUCAAGAUGGUCCAUUCCAUGGGGCUCAAGGUCCAGGCAGUGAUGUCAUUCCACGCAUGCGGCGGGAAUGUUGGGGACUCGUGUCUAGUUAGCCUGCCCUACUGGGUGCUCCAGGAGGCAGAGAAAAAUCCAGAGGUUUUGUACACUGACCAGAAUGGGAACCGCAACGGGGAGUACCUGUCGCUCGGGGUGGACUGCCUGCCGCUGUUUGAGGGGCGCAGCCCGGUUCAGAUCUACCACGACUUCAUGGAGAGCUUUCGGGACACCUUCCACCAGUACCUUGGGGACUGCAUCGUGGAAGUUGCCGUGGGCAUGGGGCCCGCGGGCGAGCUGCGCUACCCGUCGUACCCGGAAGGCGACGGCCGGUGGCGCUUCCCCGGCAUCGGCGAAUUCCAGUGCUACGACAAGUACAUGAUGGCCAAUCUGCGGGCGUGCGCGGCAGCAGUCGGGCGGCCCGAGUGGGGCCUGCGGGGCCCGCACAACUCCGGGAACUACAACAACUGGCCGGACGAGACGGGGUUCUUCAACCAGCACAGCGGGGCGUAUAUGAACGAGUACGGGGACUUUUUCCUGUCGUGGUACGCAGAGAAUCUUGCGGCGCACGGGGAUAGGGUUUUGGGGGCGGCCGCGGCGGUGUUUCAGGGGACGGGGGUCGUUUUGGCGGGGAAAUUGGCGGGGGUGCAUUGGUGGAACCGGCACCCGUCGCAUGCGGCAGAGCUCACGGCGGGGUACUACAGCUGUCGGGGGAAGAACCUGGUCCGGAAGGAGGGGUACGAGCGGAUCGUGCGCGUGUUCGCGAAGCACGAGGCGGUGCUCAACUUCACUUGCGUCGAGAUGGCCGACAACGAGCAGCCGCCCGAGGCGAUGUGCAGCCCCGAGCGGCUUCUGCUGAAGGUGCGGCAAACGGCGGCGCGGUACGGGGUUCCGGUUUCGGGGGAGAACGCGUUGCCGCGGUACGACUUGUCGGCGCACCGGAUGAUCAAGCACAACGUGCACAGGAAGGAUAUGCGGAACCUGCCGCGGAUGGUUGCGUUUACGUUCUUGCGAAUGGGGGAGAGCUUGUUCCAGACGGAUCAUUGGCGGCUGUUUGUCGAGUUUGUGCGAAACAUGGACAAGAGGGAGUUGUUGGAAGACCCGAAAAAGCCCCGAAAGGAGGGGCAGCAUGGGGUGCCGCACAGUGUGGACGUUCGCAAGAAUACCCAAGUGCUGCAAAUGCAAUUGUAGGUUUUGUAGUUGCGGCCAGCACAUUGUUAGAAGGCUGACUCUCGGGUUACCCGAGGUAUGUAGAACAGUAGAGUUUCGCGCUGAAGUUCCUUGCUUAGCAAGUUCGGGGAUGGAGGCAAGUGCGCUGCAUUAGCAUUGAACUGGAAAGUGUUUUGCAAGAAGCCAGAGUAGCUCUGGAUGAAUCUAGAUUGGGCCAGUGUUUAUACUGUAAGCUUCAGUGGAAUCAAAGUGAUGGAGCAGCCAAUUUGAAUUUAGGUUAGAAGAAGGGGUUUGCAGAACAGGACUGGGAAAGGUACAUGUAGCACAGGAAGCUUGAAAGUCGGUCGGAGAUCACAGUUCAUUCAGUGCAUACAAUCAUUGGUUAAGUGACAAAUAAACGAUUUAAGAAAUGCCGUGACCAGGUUUCGUAUCAGGCUUGUCAAGGAACAGCAUCAAAGAUCAUAUAUACUGCAUGAAAGAAUUCAGCUGUGGAC